AUGAAGCAAAAUCAAACCUCUGCUCGCCUCUCGCUUCUCCAUCCCCUGCUUCUACUCAUCUCAAUCACACAUUCCUCUUUCCAAACAAACGCCUCAGGGAACAACGAAACCGACCGGCUAGCCUUACUGGAAUUCAAGAAAGCCAUCACCAAAGACCCUGAUGGAGUAUUCCACUCCUGGAACAGCUCCCUCCAUUUCUGCAACUGGGCUGGGAUCACCUGCAACCAAGAACAGAGAGUCACCUCUCUGUUUCUCGUAGAACACAGCUUUCAGGGCACUCUGUCUCCACAUGUAGGCAACCUCAGCUUCCUCCAAUCUAUCAACCUAACAGACAACCACUUCCGCGGCGGGAUCCCCUCAGAAUUCGGGAACCUCGCUCGCCUCCGGGAGCUGGGUCUCACCAGCAACUCGCUCGGAGGCGAGAUUCCGAUCAACCUGACUCGGUGCACCCAACUCAGGGGGAUUUGGUUGAGCGAUAACGGUCUGGUAGGAAAGAUCCCUCAGGAAAUCGGGGGUUGGUCUAACUUAGAGGUCAUCAGAAUGUCGAGGAACAAUCUAAGCGGUCCGAUCCCGGCUUCGUUAGGGAACUUGUCGAAGCUCCAGGACUUCGGCGUUCCUUAUAACAAUCUGCAGGGUCGAAUUCCUGACACCGUGGGUCAGCUUUCCAGCUUAAGCGUAUUCGUGGUGGGAGUGAACCAGCUCCGCGGUACGAUCCCUCCCUCGCUUUACAACCUAUCAACCCUGACCGCGUUGACAUUGAUUCACAACCAAUUUCACGGCCGAAUCCCUCUGGACAUCGGGUUCACACUCCCCAACCUGCUCAUGUAUGGAAUCAACUUGAAUUGGAUGUCCGGGCCGAUCCCUUCGUCCUUCUGCAACAUGACUCGGAUGCAGGGGAUAACGAUGAAUGAGAACAGCUUCUCCGGGAGCAUCCCGUCUUGUUUCGGGAGUCUCCCGGAUCUUCAGUAUUUUCACGCAGGGGCCAACAAUUUGGGAACCAAUUCAUCGGAUGGGGGCGACUUCGAGUUCAUGACAGGACUGACCAACUGCAGCCAGCUGCAGGAAUUGGGUGUCACUUUAAACAAUCUUGGCGGGAAAUUGCCGGCUUCUGUGGGUAAUUUGUCACAGCAGCUCUAUCAACUUUAUCUUGGGAUCAAUGCGAUCACAGGGAGUAUUCCUGAAGAGAUUGAGAAUCUGGUCAGCUUGAACAAUGUUGACCUGUCUUAUAAUCUAUUCACAGGGGAAAUCCCUUCUUAUUUUGGCAAGUUUCAGAGUCUACAAGGGUUGAGUUUGACAGGGAACCAAUUGUCUGGCCAGAUUCCAAACACGCUGGGAAACAUAUCCCAAUUGACUCAACUCGACUUAUCUGAGAAUCAGCUUGAAGGCGCCAUUCCUCGCAGCCUUGGAAACUGUCGUCAGCUCAACCAGUUGGAUCUUUCGAGCAACAAGCUCACUGCCGAAAUACCCACCGAGGUUUUUAGUCUCUCUUCUCUCUCAGUUCAACUAAACCUGUCUCGGAACUUGUUCGGCGGCCAGGUCCCGGAUGAAAUUGGCAGCCUAGAAAAUGUUGAAGCCGUGGACCUGUCUUACAACUUUCUAACAGGGGUAAUGCCGGUAACGAUUGGCAAUUGCAAGAGCCUGAAAAUACUGAAUCUGCAGCAGAACUCCUUUGAUGGGAACAUUCCUUCAACAUUGGCUUCGCUCAAAGUCGUGGAAAGUCUGGAUCUUUCCAUGAACAAUUUCACCGGUGGAAUUCCUACAGGUCUGCAAGAUAUUCAAACCAUGCAGUAUUUGAACCUCUCGUUCAAUCAUCUGCAAGGAGAGGUCCCAACUAAAGGGAUCUUUUCAAACUCAAGUGGUCUAUCUGUGAUGGGCAACCUCAUGCUUUGCAAUGGAAUCUCGGAGCUCCGAUUGCCAAAUUGCCCGACUAAAGCAGCUAGGAAGCAGAAAAGAGCUGCCACUAUCAAGUUGACGUUCAUAACAGUGCUGGUGUCACUUUUUAUCAUUUUUGCAACAGGAUUACUACUGCUACAUUAUAAAACGAGGAGAUCAAGGAGGCAAACUUCUGAUGCAGAUUCUGCUUUAAACCACUUUGUGAUGGUUUCCUACAAAGACAUCCAUCAAGGAACGAAUGGGUUCUCCUCCGAGAACCUGAUCGGAUCUGGGGGAUUUGGCACCAUCUACAAAGGAGUUUUGGAACAAAUGGAGACUCCCGUAGCAGUCAAGGUACUCAACAACAUUCAAGACAAGAAAGCUCAUAAGAGCUUACUGGCGGAGUGCAAUGCACUGAAAAAUGUGAGGCACAGGAAUCUCGUCAGAAUCCUGACCUACUGCUCUAGCUUGGACAACAAGGGUAACGAUUUCAAGGCUCUAGUCUUUGAGUUCAUGCCCAAUGGGAGCCUAGAAGAGUGGUUGCACUCUGAUCGCAACCUAACCUUGAUCCAAAGGCUUAACAUUGCGGUCGACGUGGCAUCUGGACUGCACUAUCUUCACGAUCUUUCCGGAACUCCAAUAGUUCAUUGCGACUUGAAACCCAGCAAUGUACUUCUGGACGCAGACAUGAUUGCUCGUGUGGGUGAUUUUGGUCUGGCGAGGAUCUUGUCUACUGAUACUAGCAACAAUCCCUGCCAAAGCAAAAGUAGCACCAUUGGAAUCAAAGGAACAAUUGGUUAUGCCCCUCCAGAGUACGGGAUGGGAAGUGAUGUGUCAAUGGAAGGAGACAUGUACAGCUAUGGGAUACUUUUGCUAGAGAUGUUCACCGGAAAAAGACCCACAGAUGAGAUGUUCAAAGAAGGUAUUAAUCUUUGCAACUUUGUGAAAGCAGCAAUUCCUCAAGACAUAUUAUCAAUCUUGGACCCGGCAAUGUUUCUCCCGCUAGUCGCAAUUGGGGAUAGGGGAGUGGUAGGAAGCAGGACAACAGGACAUACGGGUGAUACAGGCAUUGAAAUUGAGGAGAUGGUGUUGACCGAAAGUGGUAGAGACUGUUUAGAGUCGCUGAUGCAAACCGCUAUAAGCUGCAGUGUAGAUUUGUCGAGAGAGCGUAUGAAAAUAACUGAUGUUGCCAAAAAGCUAACUUCCAUACGAGAUUCUUUUGUUGCAUCAACAUACGCCGUGAGGCGCAUGCCAGAGCGAGGUUGA